CAAAAGCAUGAAAUAUGAGAUGAAUACCAUUAACUAUCUUGAGGUUAUCUGAAAAAUGUUAUAAAUGGUGCCAGUGGGCGGUGUUGAUUGUAUUUUUGUAUAAAAUAGUUUAGACACUUGUAGUUUCUCUUGUUCUGUUUCACAGAGAAAGACAAAGAGACUCUGAACGACAAAAAAAAAGGAGGAGGCAUAAUGGCAUCAGCAUGUAAAGGUGAUUCACAGGAUCUGUGGAUUGUGCUGCUGGGAGUGGCUGGAGUUGGAAAGAGUUCCAUAGGAAAUGCAAUACUGGGUCGAGAGGCAUUUAAAGUGAGUGGAACCAGAGAGAGUGAGAUACAGAUAGGAAGAGUAGAAGACAGAAACAUCUCCAUCAUUGACACUCCAGGAUUUUUCAACACUCAACUGACUGAUGAAGAGAUGAAGAAGCAAAUGAUGAAGAGUCUGGAUCUCUCUGAUCCUGGUCCUCACGUGUUCCUGCUCGUCAUCAAUGUGGAGAACUUUGAGCAGGACAAGAGGAACAUUGUGGUGGAAAUUCAGGAGAAAUUUGGGGCACAAGCUUUGAAGUUCACCAUGCCACUGUUUACUGGAGGAGAAAAAAUGUCAAAAAGUGAAUGGAUGACCUUUAAAUUUAGUCCAAAAUAUCGGGAUCUAGACAAAUACUGCACAAAUAAUACCCAUGUGUUCAACAGUAAAACUGUGACUGAUCCAAAUAACAUCACAACUCUUCUAGACAAGAUUGAUAAAAUCAAAACAGAAUUAUGA